GGAGACAGGAAGCCGAUGCGUUUCUCAGUCCGGGCUAGAAUUCAGCCUCUGAGUCAGUCGCUAGAAAGAGUGUGGCGGGAGAGGAAGCAUCUGGCCCGGAGCUGCUCCCCAGGAGGGUCCUGGGGUUUACUUAAGAGUCUAGAGGCCCUCGGGAAGGACCAGCUUGCCCGCUAGAGAGCUGGAAAGUGCUGGAGGACAUAGCAGGAGCCAUUCUCCAGGGUGGGAGGCGCCAGGGGAGUACACUCCCAGCCCCUGUGGGAGGCAGUCUGCGGCCAGCCUUGCUCUCAGCGUUCUUUGGGGCCACAUAACCGGGUGCAAACUUCGAUGCUGUUUCUCAGGAUCCCUCUAGAAAGGCUGGCACAGAAGGCAGGUGCCCGCCCUGCGCAGUGAGGCUGCAGCCCUAGAGGAGAGGGACCCUGGUGGAGCUGGGGUCAGGGCUCUCCUGCCCUGUGGCUCCCAUGCUCCUGUCAUGGCUAACUGGACUAGGGGCUGGAGUGAUCUUCCUGCACUUGCUACAGAAACUUCUCUUCCCUUACUUCUGGGACGAUUUCUGGUUCCUGCUGAAGGUGGUACGCUAUGGGAUUAAAAUGGAGAUGGACAAACGAAGAGGGCACCUGGACACCGUGCUGGAGAAAUUCCUGAGACAGGCAGAGAGGCGACCCCGGAAAGCGUUCAUCAUCCACGAGGGAGACAUCUACACCUAUCAGGACGUGGACAGAAGGAGUAACAGAGUGGCUCACGUCUUCCUAAACCAUUCCUCCCUGAGAAAGGGGGACGUCGUGGCUUUGCUGAUGAGCAACGAGCCCGACUUUGUGCACGUGUGGUUUGGCCUGGCGAAGCUGGGCUGCGUGGUGGCCUUCCUCAACUCCAACGUGCUCUCCAACUCCCUCCUGCACUGUGUCCGCACCUGCCAGCCCAGGGCCCUAGUGGUGGGCGCAGAUUUGCUUGGAACUGUGGAAGAAAUCCUUGCCAGCCUCCCCACAGAUGUCAGUGUUUGGGGGAUGGAAGAUUCUGUUCCACGAGGUGUAAUUUCACUCAAAGAAAAACUGAGCACGUCAUCCGAGGAGCCUGUGCCACACAGUCAUCAUGCUGUCUCAAGCCUCAAGUCCACUUGUCUGUAUAUUUUUACCUCUGGAACAACAGGCCUACCAAAAGCAGCUGUGAUUAGUCAAUUGCAAGUUUUAAAGGGUUCUGCUGGACUGUGGGCUUUUGGUUGUACUGCUGAUGACGUUGUUUAUAUCACCCUUCCUCUGUAUCACAGCUCAGGAGCUCUUCUUGGAAUUGGUGGAUGUGUUGCAUUGGGUGCCACUUGUGUGCUAAAGAAAAAAUUCUCAGCAAGUCAAUUUUGGAAUGAUUGCAAGAAAUACAAUGUGACGGUGUUUCAGUAUAUUGGAGAACUUUGUCGCUACCUUUGCAAACAACCUAAGAGAGAAGGAGAAAAAUAUCACCAGGUGCGUUUGGCAGUUGGAAAUGGUUUACGAAGUGAUGUAUGGAGACAAUUUUUAGACAGAUAUGGAAAUAUUAAGAUGUGUGAAUUUUAUGGAGCUACUGAAGGAAACAUUUGUUUCAUGAACCACACUGGGAAAAUUGGGUCAGUUGGGCGAACAAAUUGCUUUUACAAACUUUUUUUCAAUUUUGAAUUGAUAAAGUAUGAUUUUCAGAAAGAUGAACCCAUGAGAAAUGAACAAGACUGGUGUAGUCGUGUGAAAAAAGGAGAACCUGGACUUCUCAUUUCUCGAGUGAAUACAAAGAAUCCCUUCUUUGGUUAUGCUGGGUCUUACAGGCACACAAAAAACAAACUGCUUUUUGAUGUUUUCAAGAAGGGAGAUGUUUACUUUAACACAGGAGACUUAAUGGUCCAAGAUCAGGAGAAUUUCCUUUAUUUUUGGGAUCGUAUUGGAGACACAUUCAGAUGGAAAGGAGAAAAUGUGGCAACCACAGAGGUUGCUGAUGUUAUUGGAAUGCUGGAUUUCAUACAGGAAACAAAUGUCUAUGGUGUGGCUGUGUCAGGUUAUGAAGGAAAAGCAGGAAUGGGUUCCAUUAUUUUAAAACCAAAUAAGUCUUUAAACUUAGAAAAAGUUUAUGAACAAGUUGUAACAUCGCUACCAUCUUAUGCCUGCCCACGAUUUUUAAGAAUUCAGGAAAAAAUGGAAACAACAGGGACAUUCAAACUACAGAAGGUUCAAUUGGUGGAAGAAGGAUUUAAUCCACUCAAAAUUUCUGAUCCGCUUUACUUUAUGGAUAACUUGGAAAAAUCUUAUGUGCCUUUGACCCAAGAACUUUAUGAGCAGAUAAUUUUAGGGGAGGUAAAACUUUAAGGUUUUUGUAGAUAUAGUAUCAUUUGAAUUUCUAAGAAUGAGAGGAAAAGACAGAUGCUACUUGACUUACAGUUGGAUAACCUCCCAAUAAACUCAUCAUAAGUUGAAAAUAUCAUAAGACAAAAGUGCAUUUGUGUACUUAAUACAUCAAACAUCACAAUUAGCAAUACAGUACACUGUGAAAUCAGUUUCUUGUCCUUGUGAUUGUGUGGCUGACUCAGAGCUGCUGCUUGCUGCUGCUGCCCAGCAUCACAAGACAGGAACAUACUACAUAUUUCUAGUCUGGGAAGAGAUCACAGUUCAAAGUGCAAUUUUUACCGAAUGCAUAUGAGAAAGUAAAAGCAAAAAACUGUAAGUAAAAUCACCAUGCAUUGGGAAUCGUAUAUAUGAUUCCUCAUUAUGAAAUGGAGAAUUGGAACUAACAUUAACCUUUUGAUAUAUUUUCUUAAUGUGCAAAAUAAUUCUUUUAUUUACUAAGAUUUUAAUUUGCUUUAGUUGAUAUAACUUUAGUUGAUUGUCCUUUUUCCCUAUUUUCAGAGUCAGUGCAUAACUAAAUAUUUGCCUUAAUGUUAAAGAUUUUCAAUAAUAAAUAUAUGGUUGUUUGUUUAGAAAAUCAUUCAGAAAAUACUUUCUAAUCUGUAAAGUUUCUAGUGUUUAAUAUAUGGCUACAUUUUACCCAAAUAUUUUAUGUAUGUUUUAUCCUGUA